AUGGAAUAUCCAACAAAAACUGAAUGGACAAUGUGGUACGAUUGCCAGGCCAAAAGAAACCUAUCAUCAGAGAACUAUUCGUCGUGUCUCAACGAGAUAUCCACGAUAGAUGAUCUUCCGCAGCUGCUGUACUUGCUCGACAAUCUUGAGAAGGCGAGUGCAUGGCCGCUAAACUCAAAUGUGCAUUUCUUCCGCAGAGGCAUUCAGCCUCUCUGGGAGGACAAAGCCAACAUGAAAGGGGGGAAAUGGGUGAUUGAAAUACCAAAGGGAUUCGGAACAGUGAACAACGAGAUUAUAUCGAUUUGGGAGCGCACCAUUUUAUAUGCAGCCAGCGAAAUGGUGGCUGAAAAGGGUAUAUGCGGGUGUGUGCUAUCGCCUAGAAGAUCCUUUGACAGAAUUGCGCUCUGGACGAAGGACACAGACGAGGAUGUGGUAGAUAUUGGGAAGGAAUGGAAGAAGGUGGUUGGAUACAGCAAGGAGUUGGCGUUCAAGGUGCACGAGAACGCGAUGAAAGGAUUUAGGGAGAGAAAUAACAAUUUGUAUACUCUUGCCUAGUUUGAUGGCAAUAAAGGAUAUUUUUAACUACUAUGGUUUUAUAUUCGGACGAACUACCGAGAAUAAAACAUUUGGAGCUCUUUAGUCUAUGAUAUGCUGGGGGAAGGUCUGGCGUUUGUUCCUGUGCGGUUAAUUGCU